AUGGUUGGUUUCAUGGCGUGCUUGUCACGAGAAGACAUUCGAGUGUCUGAUACCCUGCUCCAUACGCACGGAAGACUCACGCGCUCUGGCCCUUGUCAAGCACGAGGACUGGUGUUGAUGAUCUGGAAGGCACGAGAAAGCGAAGCAUCGCUCAACGUGACAGCAAGUCGCGGCCCGGAUGGGGCGGAUUUGAGCUGUCAAGACAAGGACAAAACGGUCAAGCGAGAUUUGCGUUUGCUCAAGGCCCUGAACAUUGCGAAUCGGAGCAAACGUUCCACCCCUCCCCCCGCACGACAAUAUGGAUACGUUCGUACCUGUUGA